AUGAGGAUUGAGAUGUUGGUGCUUCUCAUUGUCACAAUCACGGCCUCCAGAAUUUACGACUCCGGCUCCUCCACCACUGCGUUCUGGGAGACGCUGUGGCCGAGUAUGUUAAACAACUUCCACUCGGGUGCACCCACUCCUACAGGUCCCAUUGGCAAGUCCAACAUCACCAACAUCUCCACACCGCACCACCAACAGCACCACCAACAGCAUCACCAACAGCACCACAACUCCAACGAUAACAACAACGAAAUUCAAUUGCUCGGCGAGAAUGGCCACAACGGACUUCCCAACUAUAUCGCCGGCACCUCUUCCGAUAACUCGUCAGCUCUGGCCAUAAGUGUCUCGCAUUCCAACAGUAAUACCAAUGAAGGCCACUCUCACCACCAGAGUAUCACCAAUAACUCUAAUCAAGACAAACCGAGUAAACAGAAACGCCACAGAACUCGCUUCACUCCGGCACAGCUACAGGAGCUCGAGAGGAGUUUCGGUAAAACUCAUUACCCGGACAUCUUCAUGAGGGAAGAGCUAGCCAUGAGAAUUGGGUUGACUGAGUCCAGAGUGCAGAGCCAAAUGGAAGAAGAGGAAGAAGACGACAAGUCGUGGCUCUCUAUUGCCGUCGCAUACGUUACCACCGUUUGGCUCAAUGGGGUCGUCGACCGACGGCUUGUGUUCGUUCGGUCCCUCACACGACAGUCGGUGGCCAAUGAGCUCAGGCAUGAGUCCCAUGUCAACCCAUGGCAUCCCUAUCGGUCCCAUUCAGACUAACCCGACACCAUUCAGACCCAACCAGAAUUCUAGUUUUAUGUAUUAUACGCGAUAAUGUAUACAAUUGUGCAGGAUCAUCUAUUAC